GAUUUAGAAGGCUUUGUCUCUGCUCGUGCAAUUCCAGCGUUCAGCAGUCACAUUGCAUCAUUUUAUAAAAGUAUAGUGCAGUUUUCUAAUUAAGUAUGUCGCAAAGUAAAUUAAAUGAUUUGGCUGGAAAAUUUGGAGGAAGUCCGAAAGGUUUAGGGAUCGGCUUGAAAGUAUUAGCUGCAUUUGGAGCGGCGGCUUAUGGUGUCAGCCAAUCCAUGUUCACAGUUGAUGGUGGUCAUCGAGCUAUUAUAUUCAGCAGAAUCGGCGGAAUUCAGUCUGAGGUAUUCGCCGAAGGACUUCAUUUUAGGAUACCUUGGUUUCAGUACCCAAUUAUCUUUGAUAUCAGAUCAAGGCCAAGGAAAAUCUCCUCCCCUACCGGUUCAAAAGACUUGCAAAUGGUUAAUAUUUCAUUGAGAGUGUUGUCAAGGCCAGAUGCGAUUCAGCUGCCCACCAUGUACCGACAGCUGGGUGUUGACUAUGAUGAAAAAGUGCUUCCAUCCAUUUGCAAUGAAGUUUUGAAAUCAGUUGUUGCCAAAUUCAAUGCUUCUCAGUUGAUAACUCAGCGUCAGCAGGUGUCUUUGUUGGUGCGAAGGGAACUUAUUGAGAGAGCUCGUGAUUUCAACAUUAUCCUCGAUGACGUAUCCAUUACUGAACUCAGCUUUGGUAAAGAAUAUACCGCUGCAGUUGAAGCCAAACAGGUAGCACAACAAGAAGCACAAAGGGCGGUCUUCGUAGUUGAACGUGCCAAACAGGAAAGGCAACAGAAAAUUCUGCAAGCUGAGGGUGAAGCCGAAGCAGCAAAAAUGUUAGGUCAAGCUGUUGGAGCCAACCCUGGUUACCUGAAAUUGAGAAAGUUGAGGGCUGCUCAAAGCAUUGCUCGCACGAUUGCUAACUCACAGAACAGAGUAUACCUGAGUGGUUCAGCUCUCAUGCUCAAUAUCAGCGAUCCAUCUUUUGAUGACCUCAGUGAAAAAUUGAUGAAAUCCAAUGUACAUAGCUCCUGGACGUCGAGCGAUUCCAGUAACGUUGCAAAUUUAGCUAAUAGCGCAGCCGCCCAGCUUGUAGCUAAAUGAGAAAACGUCUUUACAAUAUCUAGAAUCAAAGACUUGGUUAGAAAACAUUUAGGAAUGUGAGAGUGAGUGAUUGGAUCUCAACAUAGCCCAAAGUUUUAAAAACGACUUUAAUGAAUGUGACGAACUAUAAUAAGUUAAUCUAGUGAGCUUAGAUUACGUUUUGUGACCACCACGACAUAGCAGUCAUUAGCUUUGUAACUUAUAAAGAUGUACAUUAUUAAUAAACUUGCAAUGGACUUAUCUAUUGUGA